GUGAGCAAAACAUGGCUCAUAUUGCUGUGGAGAGGAAUAGGAGAAGGCAGAUGAAUGAACAUCUUAGGGUUUUGAGAACUUUGACACCUUGUUUCUAUAUCAAAAGGGGAGAUCAAGCGUCGAUAAUUGGGGGAGUGAUCGAGUUCAUUAAGGAGUUGCAUCAGGUUUUGCAAUCGUUGGAGUCGAACAAACGGAGGAGGAAGAGUGUAAGUCCGAGCCCGAGUCCGAGGCCGUUGGUGGCGGUUGCCGAUGGAUUUGAAAAUGGAGUUGAUGUCGGAGCUUGUUGUAACUCGUCGGUGGCGGAUGUCGAAGCGAAGAUUUCAGGUUCGAACGUGCUGUUGAAGAUCAUUUCUCGACGAAUUCCCGGGCAACUUUCGAAGAUGAUUAGUGUGUUGGAGAGGCUGUCGUUUGAGGUUCUUCAUCUCAACAUCAGUAGUAUGGAUGACACUGUUCUUUACUCUUUUGUUGUCAAGAUAGGGCUUGAAUGUCAGCUAAGUUUGGAUGAAUUAGCCUUUGAAGUUCAACAAAGCUUCUGCUCUCAACUUUACUUAUGCCAGUGAAGAACAUAAUUUAAGG